ACAGGGAAGAAACAUACAGAGAACAGACAUAGGAUACAGAACAGAGUUGCUACACACCGGGAAGAGUCAUAGCAUAUGAUGAAGAGGAAUAAGAUAUGGAGAUUCAGAGGAGUUCUGUAAGAUACAGAGAUACAGAUUCCUGGCCUGACACUCAUCCUCAGCAACGUGACAGCAGCAUGGUCAGAAGCUUUCUAUCUAGGGUGGAUGUAGUUCUGUGACAUUGCUGUCGGUAUGUUCUCAAUGUCACCUUCUCAUAGGGUAUGUUGUGAACGACAACCAAUCAAAGCCUGGUCUAUUGUUUUACUGGUAUCGCCCGCCUGAGGGCUCUGAUAAGCUUUGGAUAAGAAACUAAGAAACAGAAGCAAAUAGCAAAAUACAGACAACUCGUUCACGAAACAGGCUCACCGGAACAUUGGACGUCGUCAUGACUUUAUUCACUAAGGCAUGGGAAUCGGUAGGAUUUCUCCAGACAAUUAACUCUGUGGUUCUGGGGCUGGUGGCUCAGGUGAAUGACUCUGCAACAACAGAGGAAAUCGAGUUUGUCAGGAAGACCUUGGAGUCUAUUGACCGGCAGCUGGCAAUUGGAAAGGGCUUGAUGAGAGACUCUAAUGUCACCAGGUGUGAGGAUGACAUCGUAGUUGUGUACCAGCAGCUGGCUGCCAUUGUCCGGGCAGGAAAGUCUUACAAAGAGAAAGAGAAGGAGGUGUUCAUCCAAUAUGUGUACGACUACAAGAUCGAUAGACAGCUGAAUGCACUGUACAAUCGACUUCUCGGAGUCUCCGUCCUGGCAGACCAUGUCACUCUACUACAGCAGGUCAUAAGAGACCACCACCCACGCCGCUGGGAGAUGAUUGCCUUCUGCCAGCAGGUGAACUUUGUAUUAGCCACUGGCCUGCUUUGCCUUUUUGUCCAUGGAUCUCUCACAGGAAGAGACACCCAGCUCAUGAUGGGCAGAUGGACGGACAAAAUGUCUGCUCUGUAUAAGAGAAUGGAGGACACCUCUAGAGAUUGUGCUGCAUACUUCAAGGAGCAAGCCCAGGAGGAUGUUGAGAAGUAUUUGCCUCUUCAUGAGUCAUUAACAGAUGAAGAAAAAGCAUUGGCCAUACUGAAGAUGCUGGAGAAAAAUUAUGACUGGCUACGCUGGGCAGUGAUGAUCUCUCGUUCACCAGUAGAUAAGGCAGGAGGGGUCUUGGUGAAGGGAAGCUACAUCUCUGUUCGGGGAGAAUGUGGUACUCAGGUGGUGCUGAGUUAUAGUGAGAACCCAGUCUCCCUGGACAAGGGAAAGAUAAAUCAACUCAUUGGUGAGCUAGAGUGGAAAAUCCCAAACCCGCCUCCAGACGUUUAUGCCAACAUUGAAGCCGAUCCUAGCUACGCCAAGAGAUACCUUGCCCAGCGUAUGCUCAACAAGUUGUUAGAGGGCCUCAGCAAGGGAGUCACCAUACACACUGUGCCAGGAAAACUAGAGAUGAGCGGGAAUUUCCCACCGGCCUCCUAUGUCUUGUAUGAGUAUAAGCACCGGAUGGCAUCUGGUACGGUGUGCCUCUUUGGCUGAAGGUUCUCCAGCAUGUUACAUACAUAUAUGUUGACAGUUGUAUCCUCUCUUUCUUAUUAGGGUCUUGAUCUUUACAAUAAAACACAGUGUACACAUCAUAGUCUUGUCCUUUGUCUAGUUUUUGUUUUGAGAGUAC